AUGGAGACCUAUAACAUCAAUCUACUAGCAGUUAGUGAAACAAGAUGGACAGGUAGCGGAAUAAGACAACUCGCCUCGAAGCAUCACAUUGCUUUCUCUGGAAGACAAGAUGACUAUCAUGACAGAGGUGUAGCCCUGAUUAUGACCAAUGACAUCAGGAAAACUCUAAUAGAAUGGAAACCAAUUAAUGAAAGAUUUCUGACAGCUAGGUUCUAUUCCACAUAUGCUAAAUUAUCAGUUAUAACAUGCUAUGCACCAACAGAAGUAGCAGAGGAGGAAUACAAAAACAUCUUUUAUGAGAAAUUGCAAGAACUCAUUGAAACAACACCAAGACACGAUAUUUUAGUUGUUCUUGGCAACCUUAAUGCAAAAGUUGGUAAUGAAAACAUUGGAAAGGAGGCAACAAUGGGAAUGCAUGGAAUAGGAGAGACAAACAAUAAUGGAGAGAGACUUGUCGAGCUGUGUGAAGAAAACAGUCUUGUCAUUGGAGGGACUAUAUUCAAGCAUAGAGAUAUACAUAAACAAACAUGA